UGAUUUUUUCGUCGGUUUGUUUUUCUACUAGUGAAUUAAGCAGGCUUGAUAUUCAGCCAAAAUAAAAAAAAAAGUUCUGUCUAGCGUAGGAAUAAAAAACAGAUCCCGUGCCUUCCAGUCGCAAUUCUUCCUUUCUCUCGCUCGCGAGGUUAGGAGAUUAGGUGGCCGUCAAUGAACGAGGAUGCAGCGAACGUCGGCAAGUGUUCGCUUGUGCUGAACGCGUCAUUUUUAUUUACGACAUUCAGAGCGAUCUCGGUGCGGAUCUUACUCGCUCCGUUUACGCAGAUUCCGAGCGCCUAAAUGAAUACCGGGAGCAAAUACAACUGCGUUCUGUGCAACUCGAAGCUGGACACCAAGGAAGCGCUGCAGCAUCACUUUAGGCGACAUGCAAAUAAGGAGAUAGAUGGCCGAGGACGACCAAUAGAAAGGAAAAGUGAUGAAAAUACUCUGUGUGAUAUAUGCAAUCAGUCGUUUGAUUCAAUACGGGCAACGAUAAGGCACAGGUUUAAAAUGCAUCCCAAUUCACCAACCAAAUUCCAUUGUUCCUAUUGUGGACAGCAAUUUCCUUUAAAGAAUCACAGAGAUACUCAUCAAACUUUACAUGAUGCAACUGAAAGUGAGAACAAAGAUCAACACAGAAAAUGUGAAGAGUGUGACUUAUUAUUUUACAAUGAGAAGGCAUUGGAAUAUCAUUGUAAAUCCAUUCAUAAAAGUAUGGUACACUUAUUUCAACCGAUAGCCACUCCUCCGCCUAGUAACAAAAUCAAAUUCAACUCUAUGAAUGAUGCAAUGAAUGUAUACUAUUGCCAUUUAUGUGGUGUCGAAUAUGUUGUAAAAUUCAAUUUGCAACAGCAUUUGGAAAAGAUACACACAAAAAGAGAAAGGGAGACUAUGCCGUCGGAAUUGAUCAAAUGUACAGUGUGUGCAGCAUUGUUUUACAACAAGAGAGCCUACAACAUACACAGCACUUAUCAUCACCCGGAUGAUUUAUAUGUGACUUCCGAAGAGCAGAGAACGCAGAUGGUGACCAGGAUUGAUCAAGACUUCGACAUUAGGAGAGUACAGUUUAUGGCCGAUAGAUAUGUAUCGCGAUCUAAUGUAAUUAAGAGGAAGUAUAGGAAGAAGAAUGAAGCGGAGAAGACAAUUAUUAAGACAGAGAUAAAGAGAGAGAGGUCUAUAUCAUUAGACGACCCUGCGUGUAUCAACGAGUUCAACGAAUCCAGCGAUUCCGAGAGCGAUAUCCCAUUGAAGCAAAGGAUCACCAGCUAACGGAGGUUAUUUUUAUCAUAAAAUAUUUCUAUUUCUGAUCCAAGGGAAUUUUAUUGUAAGAGAGAUUUAUGAACUGCUGCUAUACACAAUCGUGAUAGUCAUCUGCUUUUUUGCAGUUGUUAUUAUAUGUAUAUUAUAUAAGUUAAAAAAAUUAUAAAAA